AUGGCCCUGAACCCCAGCGCGGCUGGGCGAAGGGACGCCGAGUGCACCGAGGCCGACGAUCUGCGGCCGGAGGAGGGCGGCGAGCACCCGAAGAACUCAGCCGCCACCUCGGCCACAGUCAACCAAAAGGGCGAUCAGCCUGGAUGUGGAGACGGCGGAGCGAGCCACGAGCAAGAAGCCCCCGAACGGCGGAGGAGCGCGGCGGCGGACGGCCGGAGCUCCGGCCCGCCGGACCGGAGACCCGGCGACGAGCAGCCGCGGAGGAAUUUUCAAAUUCCGAGGAAGAUAAAAGGCUUGUACCAGUUCCUGCCGCCCGACAGCCGGGAGUUCGAGGACCUCGUGAAGAUCGCCUCGUCCUUCUACCUCGACUCCUCGUCCCGGGGAACCUUCUCCUACUGCAAGGCCCGGCUCAUCCACAACGAGCUGCUGGAGAAGGAGUUCAUCGAGAAGCGGCGCGAGAUGAAGCAGGAAGGGCGGACGGAGCAGGAGCUGGCGGAGUCGUACUGCUUCCUCUAUCCAGACAAAUCCAAGCUCCAGUGGAUCUGUGAGAAGGGUCUGUCGGUCGGACACUCCAGGAUUACCACGCUGGGGAACCCAUCAGUGGGUGUUUUCGUCUCCAAAUAUUCGGAUCUGUUACAAAUCAAUCCCUUUGAAGUGGGCUCGUCCGGAGACAUGAUCAUUUUUAAAGUCAUGAGGGGUCGAAUAAAGCACAUCUACGAGAACAUGCCGAAGAACGCCAUGGAGCCGACUCCCAAGUUCGACUGCCACUUGUCCAAAAGCGCCAAUCGGGUCACGUCUCUGCUGUCUUACCGGGCCUUUGAGCUCACGCAGCAAUAUUUUUUCGAGUUUGCGUUCGACGAGAUCAAAGCUCGGCCGCGGCACGUGUGCCCCUACGCGGUGGUUUCCUUCAAGUACAAAGGCAAGGAUGCCACCGCCACGCCGAUGAUGUCACACAGGUUUAACACAAUUUCCUCCGAAGGAGGUCGAGGGAAGAGCUGCUACACUGUGUGGAGCGGUCCGCUCGUGAACAAGGGCCGGGAGUUGUUCCCCAUCGGUUUACGAUCCUCCUCGCGCCCUUACCUCCCCUUCAAGCUGCCCGAGAAGCUGGAGAUGAGUCGAGGCAUGCAGCUGGACCAGGUGAAGAGAAAGAUCCCCUCCGUGCUCUUUUCGUGGGACACCUACAGCGCGUCGCGGGAAGUGAUGAAAUGUGGGAUGUCCUGCAGCCUGUUUGAGGUCGUGGACGGAAAAGGCAAACCGACCAGCGGCAGCUUGGCGGCGCUGGUCCACAAGCUGGAGAGGGACCGGAUGGUGCUGGUGAAGUCCUUGUUUGACCGGGGCUUUCUCUUCCUGCUGUCCUCGGCGCAGAUGGUCGAGUCCAAAGAGCGGCGCGGGCGCGUCGAGAAGAACCUGCAGGCGUUAUUCAUCUUUCAGGAGUCGAGGAUGGUGGUCAAGUAUUCGUCCAGGCUGUUCGAGCCGGAGCCCCCGGCGCCGGAGUCCCAGCCCGCCGCCCUGUCCUCCGCCGACCCCUCCGUCCCGGCUCUGCACUACGCGCUCUUCAAGUUGCGCCUCAACCCGGGCAAGGACCUGAGUUUAGGGGUGGAGCGCCAGGCCGCCGACUACCUGACGCGCAUGGACUCGGGCACGGUGCGGCCGUUCAUCCUGCCCGACUACAAGCACAACGUGGACGAGAGGACCAACCCGCUGCUGGUGCACCGGCCCAAGUGCAACAUGGACGCCGUGUUGCGCUCCUACGUGCACAACGCCGGCAACUACGUCUUACCUCUGAGCAAGACGAAGGACGUCAUUGACAGGAUAAGGAACCCGGCGCCCGUUCCCACACCCGCGCCGCCGGCCCCAGUGGAAUACAGCCCCGUGUCCGACUGGGGCGGCUCGGACCGGGGCUCGGACCGGGCGGAGAGACCCGCGGAGAGGCCGCCGCCCAAGGAGAGGCCGCCUCCGCCGGCGGCGGCACAGGAGAAGCCGCCCUCGGACAGCAGCCGACGGAGGCAAGGCGUGGUCCAUUCCAACGGGGCCCAGGCGCAGCAAAAGACCCCGACGGAGCCCCCGGCUCAGCCCCCCACCCAGAGGCUGCGACUGUCCCAGAACGAGUACGACAAAGACAAGAUGAAGCAGCUGCUCAAGCUCAUCCAGCUUCACAAGAAGGCCAUCGUGAAGGAGCCGGGGAAGGAGCGGGGGGAGGACGGGGCGUGGGACGUCAGCAGCCAAAGGAAGUUCGAGGGGGACGACCGGGGGGCGGCGAACAAGCGGCAGCGCGCGGAUCCGCUCAGCAACGGGGAGUCCAGUCGAGCAGCUCAAGCAGAAGAGAUCGGCGACGAUGCCGGACACGGCGACAACCUGACGGCGGUGAUGGAGAGCAUGGGCAUCUACGACACCGACCUGAGGGCCCACGGCAACGCCGGCACCCCCGCGGUGAACGAGACCCAGCGCCUCCUCAAGAUCCUCCUGGCGACCCUCAACAAAGCCGUGGCUCAGGGUUCCACGUCGGCGGGCGCCGGCAGCGGGGAGCCGCCCGUCUUCCCCGCCGAGCCCGAUGUCAAGACUCCGAAUGAGCCCGCGACUCAAACCAACUACACGGAGGAGGACAUGGACUGUAGCCCCGGUAGUCCACUCAGCUCGGGCUCCCCAGCAGAGCAAGCUCUCGCCUCAGACAGCUCCACCUGGGUGAACCCCGCCAUUACAGAACAAGCGCAGCCUCUUCCCAAGCCUCUUCCCGAGGCCGUGCCGGUGGCGGUCGGCAACGCGGAGCCGAAGACGAAGACGCCCGCAGCCGCGGCACCGGAAAAGGCUGCCGCGCCCGCGUUACCGGCCGCGGAGGAGGUUCUCUUCCGGCCCUCCAUCAGCCUGGACACCAUACUCAACCAGGAGAUUCACAGCCUCACUUCGGACAUUAAGAACAUCAUGCAGACUCACCGCAUCUGCUACUCCUCGCGGCUGUCCGCCCGGUUGACCCCCGCCACCAGCUGGCUGCCCAACAGCUGCUUCUCGGACUACGUGGUGCCCUUCGUGUCCCCGGUGCCCGUCCUGGGCCACGUCAAGGCGCUGUGCGAGAAGAUGGACCGGUUGAUCCCGGCCCCCCCCGCCGCUCCCUCCGAGGUCACUUCCCCGCCGCCCCCGGUGACGACGUCCAAUCUCAUAACGCCGCCCCCAACCCCGGUACAGACUCCCAAACCCAAAGCGGAGCCCUCCCUGUCAAAGAGCGCCGCCUCCUCCUCCUCCUCCUCCUCCCGCAGUGGUAAAAUGGGCACCGUUAAAGGCCCGGCGGCGUCCACCAAGUCUAAAGCGGAAGGCUCGGCGGCGGCGGCAGAGCCGGAGGGGGACGUCUACUCCCCCACUCGGGUCGCGCCGGAAUCUCCGGGCGCCAAGUCCCAACAGGCCGCCUCCAUCAGCGGGUCGGGCCUGCUGGCCGGCAGCCUCAUCGGGCAGCUGAAGCCCGAGGUCUUCAGCAGCCUGGUGGAGAUCUUCAAGGACGUCACCAAGAACACCGUCAAAUUCUACAUCUACUCCGGGGACGAGGCGGAGGAGAGCACCGUCUGCAAGGAGAUCAAGGAGUACUUGAAGAGUCUCGGCAACAGCGAGUGCAGCCCGCAGACGUUUCUGGAGAACAGCGGCAGUUUAGAUAAGCUGCUCAUCAUCAUUCAGAACGAGGACAUCGCCGCGCACGUGCACAAGAUCCCGGCUCUGGUGUCCCUGAAGAAGUUGCCGUCGGUGAGCUUCGCCGGAGUGGACACGCUGGACGACGUCAAGAACCACACCUACAAUGAGCUCUUUGUGUCCGGGGGCUUCAUGGUGUCGGACGAGUUCGUCCUCAACCCCGACCUCAUCACGCAGGAUCGUUUGCAGGGGCUGCUGAAGUUCCUGGAGGAGCAGAGCACCCCCGAGCGACCCUGGCAGUGGAAGGUGCACUGCAAGUCCCAGAAGAAGCUUAAAGAACUGGGGAGGUUGAACGCCAACGCCAUGGGGCUGCUGAACCUCCUCACGGCCUACCAGAAGAAGCACCUGGUGGAGUUCCUCCCGUACCACGAGUGCGACCAGUCGCGCCAGGCUCCCGACCUGGAGUGCCUGAUCAAGCUCCAGCUCAGCACACGCAGCAGCGGGCACCUCAUCUUCCUCACGGAGAGGCCAUUUGAGAUGUUCCUCCAGUACUCCAGAAAUGGAAUCGUGAUCGGGAGCAUCGACGACGUCAUGAGUGGCUUCCACAGUCUGAUUGGCUCCAUCAAUCAGAAUGAGCUCCCGACGCUGCCCUCUACAGUAGUGAAUGACGAGUGUGUGGAAGAGGAGGACAUGUCUUUAGACUCUAAUGAUGACGACGAGCAUAGCGGCGGCGAGCCAACCGCCGGGUCGGAGCCCCCGGAGCAGGGCCCGGCUGCCGAGAAGGGGAAGCCUCCGCUUCCGCCGGACACGGAGGAGUUCCGACCGCCGCUCCCAGACCAGCAGGUGACCCCGGAGAGAACGCCCACGCUGUCCGACUACAGCGCUCUCAAGACGGCCAUCCUCUCAGUUAGGCCUACCAACCAGAUGGGGAUGGGCCCCUCGGACAUCGGCGGCUUGUCGCCGGGCGGUUUCCCCGUGAACCCCCACCAGAGCUUCCUGUGUCCCUCCGCCUCGUGGUCGUCCUACACGGGCUCCUCCAGCUACGCGGCCUCCCCGGCCUAUCCGGCGUCGCCCUGCGGCGCCGCCAAGGAGCAGGAGUACCGCCCCCAAGGCCCAGCAGCCACGGCCCCCCUUACGAUCCCCCCCCCGGUCGCCAUGGCCGGGCCGGGACCUCUCGCCAACAUGGCGUCCCUCCCCAUGGAGGUCAAACCUCCCCCUCCGCCUCACCUCAUGAUGCUGGGCCACACGUACGGCUCGGACACCGGAGGAACCGGGGCCGCCGGGAACUCCCCGCUCGCCACCUCCCUCCCGUACACGGACCACAAUGACUCGGCCCAGCCGGCGUACAUGGCUGGCGUUCCUCAAAAUGCUAGCGGGACCCCCGCGCAACACAACAGGACACUAACGCGACCCAGGGGACGGCCUAUGGGGGCCGGCACUUGUCGGACUGCUAGCGGCCAGGGUGCGAUCGUCGCCCGGCCGGAACCCAGCGGGCUUCCUAACACUGGGGAGACCCUCGGAGGCUGCAACCCAGGUAACCAGGGUGGCAGGACUCAGGUGAACUGCUUAAACAACCUCGGAGCUUCUGUGGGUAUCCCCACAGUGGCCACUAGAGGGGUAAUAGUCAGGCCUAAGAUGACUCCACAUCAAUGUGUGGCAUGGCUACGGCGGUAUAGGUGGCUCCUCCCCGGACAGAUGGAUUACGGGCCCAUGCGGGGCGGUAUGGGUCUUGGUUUUUCAGGGAGCUAUCGAGGUAGAGGAGCCCCGCCGGUAGGACUUUGGCCUCGGCCAGGACGACACGAUCGGGGGGGCCGGGGGGGGGGAGGCGGACCCUGCUCCUGGGGUUACCCGACAGGCAGGGGCGGGGCACGGGGGCAAUACUCGGACUACACAUACACUCACAACUAUGCUCCCGAAUAG